UCUGCACGGAGUUGCAGUGGGGCGGCAGACGUAGCGUGUCAAGGCGCAGUAAGCGAUCGUCUCCGCAGCAAAUCUCCUCGACUAAAUCUGGAAUUUUGCGCCUGGAGUAAAUGCUCGCAGGAAUCAUGCCGGUUAUAUUGCAUUCUAUGAGGGUUCCAAACCAACAAGUGGGUGAUGCGCCUGAGGAAGGACCCGUAGACCCCAAGAGCUUGAUCGCUGAGGAGGACGUGAAAGGAACUCUUCUGAUUGACAAAGGAGAGGACGCUGAGCUAAUAUCAUGGGAAAUCGUGGACUUUACGAAAACUGGGGACAACUACUCUACCUUUGUAACAAGCAUUCAAGUGACAUAUUCCUUGAAUGGCGAGGAGUUGCAGGUUUCCUAUGUUGUAAAAGUAAAUCCCUGUAGGGAUUUAGAAGGCUUCCAAUCAAUCACUCAUGCCCUGUUUGAAAAGGAAGCAAAUUUCUACAAAUCUAUUGUCCCAGAUCUGAACUCGGUGCUUGAAGAGGCUGGAAUAGAGAAGCUCAAUGUUCCCAUUUGCUAUCAUGCAAAUUUAGAUGCUGAACGAGAACAAGUUUAUUACGAGGACCUCAGGGCACGUGGAUUCCAGAUGGUUGAUAGAAAACAAGGCCUAGACAUUGCUCACACUAAUUUGGUACUAAAAGAGCUGGCAAAAUUACAUGCUGCUUCACGUCUCCUGCAAGAGAAAUUUCCCGAGGAACCUCUGGUAGAGAAGUAUGAUCCUACAUUGAGAGACUGGUUCAAUCAAGGAGAAGAUGCUAAUGCAGUUUUAAUUCCGAUUUUGCAAGCACAUUUUAUCCAAGCAGGAGACAUACUGCAAAGUGUAGGCAUGGAUAGAAGAGCCCUAGACUGGAUCGAAAAUUUGUUGCCAAUUCUGCAAGACGUCAUUACCAGCAACAUGCAAAGCGAAACGUUCGGAAGCAUCUGCCAUGGCGAUUGUUGGAGCAACAAUUUGCUUUUCCGAUAUGAAGGAGACGAACCCGUAGAAAUGAUGCUGGUGGACUUCCAGGCCUGCCAGUACGCCACAGUGGCGUCAGAACUAAACCAUCUCUUGUACGCAACUGUGACUUCCGAUGUUAGGUCAGAAAACCUGGAAAGUUUUUUGGACAUUUACUACUCGACCUACAACGGUAUCUUAGAGGCUGGAGGGGUAGAGCCGAACUUCACCGAAGAAGAGCUUAUGGAUGAGUUCAGGAAUAAGAACAUUCUAGGGGCCAUCUUUGUUAUAACGUGCAUUCCAAACGAACUGCUGGACGAGGACGAAGUACUUGAAAUGACUGAAGACGAAGCAGAGACGGAGUUGGUUGUGAAUGACUUCUGGACGCGGAUGAAGAAUUCGGCUGUGAGAAGUCCCAUGCUUGGGCCAAGAUUUCUGUCGAUUUUUGACGAAUUUUUGGCAACGGGGCUCAUACCCUAAUUAUUGAUAAUUUCAUCUAGUGUUCAUAGAAAAUUUGCAUUAUUCAACAACUAUUUCGGGUAUGCAAAGAUAUUACAUAAAAUACAUGGGUAGCAAAAUUACAGAAAAGGACACCAAGGGUGUAACAAUAGUAUUUUUCAAACUGUUUUUCUCAAUAUUAAAACGGUAAUUUUUUUCCAUUGUCUACAGUUGAUUGUAAAUUUGAUAUUUCCAUAACAUUUUCCCGAUCUUGUUUUCUCUGAAAAACUUUAAACAUUUCCUUCAUUGAAUGUAAUAAUAAAUUCAUUGUAUGUUAACAGCCAAAGCGAAAAUAUAUAUCUA